UCGGACCCACAGCGCAGAACCGGCACGGAUCCUUUCCCCAAUCCCAUCCAUAAUCCAUCGGCCACGAGCUGAUGCGCAAGCGCCGCCGACCUCCCCACCUCGGCUUCUGUCUAUCCCUCGACAAACCGACCUCUCCCGCCGCCGACCGCCGUCGAUCUACCGAUCGGCCGGACGAAAGACCCACCUCUCCCCAAAAUAGGCGGCUGAGACAUACGUUCCUAUCUCCCCUUCGCUGCCGGAGAAAAGCCUCGCAGCCUGCCCCUCCCUCACCUUCACCUCGAUUUCUCUGGGCCUCCGAACCCCGCCGACAGGAGCGUUCCAGCAUCUCCUAUCCCGUGCCGCGUACGUCUGCACGGAUUAGCGUUCCUUCUAUUGGGGCAGAACUAGAGAAAAAUUGAGGGGAGGGGGUGCAACACAUCUUUCAUGCCAUGUACAUUCAUAGAAAACUGGAAUCCUAUAAAAAGGUAAGUAGGUCACAUAAUGUCUUCUGAAGAUAAAGCAAUGGCUAAUCGUGUCACUUCACACUCGCCAAAAGCUAUGGUGUCGGAACCAGAUCCCAACAGGAUGAUGAUGUUUAGAUCAAAUAUGGAGUAUUCACAAACAAAUGGCCAGACAAAUGCUGUUCUUGGUCCUGUGGCUAUCUUUUGGGACAUUGAGAACUGUCCUGUUCCAUGUGAUGUACGGCCAGAAGAUGUUGCUGGCAAUGUUAGGAUGGCUUUGCGCAUGCAUCCUGUUGUUAGGGGUGCGGUGACAAUGCUGUCUGCUUAUGGAGAUUUCAAUGCUUUCCCAAGGAGACUCCGGGAGGGAUGCCAGAGAACUGGAGUCAAACUUGUUGAUGUUCCUAAUGGACGGAAAGAUGCUGCUGAUAAGGCUAUACUGGUUGAUAUGUUCCUUUUUGCACUUGACAAUCACCCACCAUCAUCCAUUAUGCUCAUAUCUGGUGAUGUGGACUUCGCUCCGGCAUUGCAUAUACUUGGCCAGCGUGGAUACACCAUUGUCAUUGCUAUUCCGUCUUCAGUUACCGUCUCAUCAGCUCUGAGCAGUGCUGGGAGUUUCGUGUGGGACUGGCCUAGCCUUGCCCGUGGUGAAGGUGUUGUGAUCCCUAGGUCCUUGGUGCGCCGUCUGGCUGAUUAUCCAUGUUAUGUCAACAGUGGGAAUAUGGGACAGUUCCCUGAUAAUCAGAAUGAAGAGGAGGCCAUUGUAUAUACCGGAACAUCAAGGAAUGAAUAUGGUGGCAGACCUCCCGUCAAUCAAAUGUAUUGUUAUAACACUUCCCAGACAACUAGAGAACCAAGCAAAGCUUUGUAUACUGUUGAAGAUGUGAACUGUGGUACAUCAUCAAGGCCUCAUAAUUUAUCAUGUCGUCAGAGUGAAAGUCCUGAGACAGACCAAGGUUUGACAGAUGAGCAGUCAUGGUGGGUUCGUCCUGGUGAUCUUCAAGGAUUGAAGGGUCAACUAAUACGUCUGUUUGAAUUAUCUGGAGGAUGUGUCCCACUUGUUCGUAUUCCCUCAGAGUAUCUAAAACUCUUUGGCAGACAUUUAUAUGUAUCAGAAUAUGGAGCUGUUAAGCUUGUUCAUCUUUUCGAGAAGCUGGCCGACUCUUUUGUUGUCGUUGGUAAGGGUCAUAAAAAGAUGAUCUGUCUCUGCAAUUCUGGUGAUAGGAACCUGAAGAAUUAUCCAAGUACGCCAAUCAUUCUGACGAAGAAAAACAGAGGAAAUUCUGCUCUUGAAGAAAGCACGAUAGGAGCAUGUCAGCAAUUAGGCAGCUCAUCAGAUGAAUUAUCAGAGGAUGAACCAAUUAUCAACCCAGAUAUAAAUGUUGCAUGUGUGUUCAAUGAGCAUCUAGACAGCUUCAGAAGGGAGAUUCAGGAGCUCCUUGUUUGCUACUCCUGCCCUGUUCCGCUUGGUAAUUUUGAGAGUUUAUAUGAGCAACGGUAUAAGAAGAUCAUUGACUAUGAGAGCUUAGGAGUCACCGGUCUGGAGGAGCUAGUUGAGAAGGUGAAAGACGUGGUAGAUUUGCACGAGGACCAAACCAGCAAAAGCAAGUUCCUUAUUGCAAACUACACAACCGGUUAGGCUCUUUCUGUUGUCUUGAUGUCCUAGUUCAGCUCCUAAAGUACUUCAGCUCGUGUUUCCUUAACAUGUGUCACACAGGGUCGGCAUCUUUUUUUACCGUGCCGGUAUGAUAAGUGUGAAUGGCAUAGUAAGUAUUUGUAAUGGCUUCCCUCAUGCCUCAGCUAAUCUGUGCAAACAGGGAGUUGUUUCUUGUAUGCAAAAAGAUGAUUAUACUAAAGAACAGUGACCAUUUAUUUGGCAAAUACAUCUAAUUCCAGUUCAAGUCAA